AUGAAUCCGAAUGAUGAGGCUCUCGCUGGGGAUGCGACCCAUUUAACCGAUCCCAAGAUCCAAUCUCGACUGCGCAAGGUUGCCGAUUUCCAAGUCCUACCACUGCUCUUGGUCGCUUUCGCUAGCUACCAGCUAGAUCGAACCAACAUUUCGAGUGCACUAACUGGCGGAUUCGCUUCGGCAAUUUCAGUCGAUCAAAAUACUGUCAAUAUCGGAAAUCAGCUUAUGUUCCUGGGUGUGAUUGUUUUAGAAAUCCCCUCAAAUGUCAUAUUACAUCGGAUCGGUCCUCGCUACUGGAUCGGGGCUCAAGUUCUAAUAUUCGGAUUCAUCGCCGCACUACAAAUAUUUAUUCGCAAUCGCACUGGUUUCCUGGUCACGCGGUCUAUCCUUGGUCUUGCGGAAGCUGGAUUUAUCCCCGGUGCUAUGUUUACGUUAUCUCAAUGGUAUACCAGAGAGGAAAUCACGCGACGGAUCGCGAUCUUCUUCUUCGGCAUGUUUGGAGGCACGGCUGUGGGACCGCUCCUGGGCGCUGGUCUGCUCAGAUUGGAUGGGAUGGGGAAUCUUUCUGGAUGGCAGUGGAUAUUUUUGGUGGAGGGAAUUUGGACGAUCACGGUUUCAUUUACGCUGCUAUUAUUUCUCCCCGAGAGAGGUAACUACGAACAGCCCUUCGAGCCCGAAAAGGCGCCAGAGGGAAUCGAUUGCGCACCGAAAAAUCUAUCCCGAUCGAAGAUUCCACUCAAAGUCAUCCUCGAAACUCUGACAAACGUUAUCGGUUAUCAUCCUAUCCAUAAUGCCUGGAUACAAAUGAAUAGCAGAAGUCCGGAGGAGAGAAGUAUUGGAGUGGCUAUGUUCGUCAUGUGCGCAACUGCCGGAUUAAUGGCAGUCCUUAUGGGGCUCAUUCUAACCGCCCUGCAGGAAGUCAUAUAUUACGUGCAGAACCACCGGGCCGAAAAAGAGGGCGGGCCUACACUGGCAGAGCUUAAUAUUCUCUGA